GCCUGCGGCACAUGCUCAGUUAUGUACAUCCAGAUAAUAUGUGAACGCUAUGCUGUGGCUGCUGAGGUCACUGCACUGAAAAAAAAACAAAAAACAGAACGAGUCUCUACACUACACCGCCUCCAUUUUGAAUAGCCAUGUAAUUGGGGAUUCGCACAGUUGGUGUGCGUGUUUGUGCGUGUGUGUAUAUGUGUGUGUGUAUGUGUGCGUGUUUCUCGCCCACUGUGCUGCGUAGUGUCAACAAGCCACAACCAACCAAACAUCCGUCGACAUGGACGACCUGUUCAGUCCGCGCAGGAGCCUGAACAGCACACAAGGUGAAAUCAGAGUGGGACCAAGUCAUCAGGCCAAGCUCCCAGAGUUGCAGCCGCGGCCCGCACCCGGCGCACAGACACAGACGGAGAAUGAGGAGCUCAUGUGGACACCUGGAGUCAAUGACUGUGACCUCCUCAUGUACCUCAGAGCAGCCAGGAGCAUGGCAGCGUUUGCAGGGAUGUGUGAUGGUGGAUCCACAGAAGAUGGAUGUUUGGCGGCGUCCCGAGACGAUACAACUCUGAACGCUCUCAACAUGCUUCAUGCAAGCCAUUAUGAUGCAGCCAAAGCUCUGCAGCGUCUGGUCAAGAGGCCGCUACCCAAGCUGAUUGAAAAAUGCUGGUCAGAAGAUGAUGUGAAGCGCUUCAUCAAAGGUCUGAGACAAUAUGGAAAGAAUUUCUUUCGGAUCCGGAAAGACUUUCUCCCCAGCAAAAAGACUGGAGAGCUGAUCACAUUUUAUUACCACUGGAAGAAAACCCCAGAGGCUGCGGGAACCAGAGCUUACCGACAGCAACGUCGGCAGCCGUCCUCUCGUAAAGCAAAGACUCGAUCCACGGCAGCCACGGUCAACCCUCCAUCUCGAAAUUAUUCAGUUGAAGCCAGUUCUGCCAGUGAGGACGAUGUUGACAGUGAAGACAGCGAACAGGACGCAAAGAGUUGCAGCCACUGUGGAACAACAACUUCUAAGGAUUGGCACCAGGUCGGGAGGGACAACGCUCUGCUCUGCUCGACGUGCCGCACGUACGAAAACAAACACGGAUGUUUGCCGCCCGCUCCUAAAUCUGCCAACGCUUCCUUUAUGUUCAAGCCUGUUAAAGUGGAAGAAGAGGGGAACAGCAAGCACGGCAUGAGGACUCGGCAGAGCAGAGCGCCUCAGUUGUCAUCGUUAAGAAGUGGCCUCAGAAGGUUCACGGGUUCUCCGAGCACGGAGGAUUCCCAGUCCAGCAACCAGACCUUCCCGACCGGAGGAAUCUCUAAUUCCUUAAGAUCCUCCGCGGAUCAUAAGAAUGACUCCACAAAGAAAAUAAACAAGAAGAUAAAAGAGGAGGUAACGGCGCCAAAGACAGCAAAACGUGUGCGGGAGAGUCCUGCUCUGGAGUCUGACGAACCUGAAAAAGCGACACCUAAAAGGCCAAAGACACAGGAUCCACGAGGCGGGUCGCGGUCGGAGGGAGAAGCGGAGGAAGAAAGCUCCUCGGAAAGCCGCAGCGCUCAGGACGACGGCAGCGACACCAAAGACAUUGAUCAGGACAACCGUAGCUCCUCUCCGAGCAUCCCCAGCCCUCAGCAGGGCAACGAGAGCGACUCAGACUCAUCCGCCCAGCCCAACGGGGUUCCACCAGAGGCUGCCGCUCCGGCUGCCGCUCUGCCCAGCACGCCGAUCCUUCAAGCCGCCUCCUCUCAGGACCCUCCCAUUCCUCCUCAACGUCCGCAAAGCAUGGCCCCGGCCGAUCCAGCUCAGAGCCCCCCUCCAUCUUCUUCGGACCCCCCGCAGUCUGCGGCUGCUCAGUCACCCGCCACGGUCGGCUCGGGCUGCCGAGCGCAGCCGGUCUCUGGUCAACGCCCGACCCCGGCACCGCUGGGUCAGGACCCUCCUCUCGCUCCUGCGUUGCACUUUUCGCCUGCUCUCAACUCCACGCAGCUCCUGCAGCCAAACGGCUCGCCGCCUCAGACCCCGCCACGCUCUGUGCCCUUCUUUAGGGACGCCCAGCUCCCGCACCCGCCUCUUACUUGCCCCCAAGUCAAGCCCCCUCCCACAACCCCGAUUCCACCCACUCACAAGCAGCUGCCACAGCCACCCGCAGCACCUUUCCCCCAGAUGCCCUCCAAUCUCCCACCUCCUCCCGCUCUGAAGCCCCUCAACUCUCUCCCCAACCAGCAUCCUCCAGGCGCCCCACCUCCUCCUCUGCAGCUCAUGCCGCAUCCUUUGCCCGCGCACGCGGUUCCAUCCCAGCAUCCAGUGUCCCCCCAGGUGCAGAACCACCCGGGGAAAAGCAUGACCUCUGCCCUCCAAGCAGCCACUCCUUCGCUCCCCGUCACGUCCUCCGCCGCCGGCCCCGUCCCGAACCUGCAGCCGUCCUUCCCACCCCUUCCUCCGAGACCCUCACCGAGCUCUGCUGCAGGAGGGUCACAAGUCCAGAUUAAAGAGGAGCCGCUGGAUGAGGUGGAGGAGCCCGAGAGCCCGCCGUCUCCUCCCAGGAGCCCCUCACCAGAGCCCACCGUUGUCAACAUGGCUAGCCAUGCCAGUGAGUCCGCGAGGUUCAUUAAACAUUUGGAUCGUGGCUACAACUCCUGCGCGAGGACGGACCUCUUCUUCACGCCGCUGUCGACCUCCAAGCUGGCCAAGAAACGGGAGGAGGCGGUGGAAAGGUCGAGGAGAGAAGCUGAGCUCAGCGCCCGGCAGGAGCGGGAAAGGGAGAAAGACCGAGAGCGCGAGAGAGAGAGAGAGGCAGACAGGCACUCUAGGGCGUCCAGCUCUUCCCACGACAGUCGCAUGAGCGAGGUGCAGAUGACGGCUCAAAUCCACGGGCGGCCCUCCUUCGAGCAACCCCCCACCACUGUGGCCGCCGUGCCCCCUUACAUCGGCCCGGACACUCCAGCCAUGCGGAGCCUGAAUGACUACGCCCGGCCCCACGUCAUGUCCCCCUCCAACCGCAACCACCCGUUCUACGUCUCCCUGAGCCCCGGCGACCCCCUGCUGGCCUACCACAUGCCCGGCCUGUACAGCACGGACCCCGGCCUCAGAGAGCGGGAGCUGAGGAACUUCAGGGAGCGAGAGCUGCGCGAACGAAUGAAGCCCGGCUUCGAGGUCAAACCCCCGGACAUGGAGGCCCUGCACCCGUCCGCCAACCACCUGGAGCACUUCGCGCGCCACGGCGCACUCGCUCUCCCCCACAUACCCGGGCCUUCGCACCCGUUCGCGCAAUUCCAUCCGGGGCUGAGCCACCUGGAGCGCGAGAGGCUGGCGCUGGCGGGGCCUCAGAUGCGCCCCGAGCUGAGUUACGCCGAGAGGCUCACCGCCGAGCGGCUUCACGCCGAGAGGAUGGCGUCCGUGGCGCCUGAUCAAGCUGCCCGGCUGCAGAUGCUCAACGUGACUCCUCAUCAUCACCAACACUCUCACAUUCACUCCCACCUGCACCUCCACCAGCAGGACCCCCUCGGUCAAGGUUCAAGUCCGCAUCCUCUGGUGGACCCUCUGGCAACAGGACCACGUUUGGCACGAUUCCCCUUCCCCGGUGGCCCAAUCCCAAAUCCCUUACUCGCCGAUCUCCCUCACGAUCACGAGAUGCUGCGCCAUCCACUGUUUGGAGCCGCAUAUCCACGAGAGCUUCAGGGUCCGAUUCCUCACAUGUCUGCCUCACAUCAGCUCCAGGCCAUGCAUGCUCAGUCUGCAGAGCUGCAGAGGAUGGCCAUGGAGCAGCAGUGGCUUCAAGGCCAUCAUCUGCAUGGAGGCCCUCUGCCAAGCCAGGAAGAUUAUUACAGCCGCCUGAAGAAAGAAGGUGACAAGCCAUCUUGAGGUGGUGCAUGCUCUGAGCUCCUACAGAUCGAUACUGUGUACUUUUAACACUCUAAAUGUAUUUUUGUGUGCUGUCUUUUGUUUGUUUGUGUUGAUCGAGUUUAGAAGAAUAGUCGUGGAGCACACGGUGCGUUUCGCGUUCUUCUCAGCUAAGAGUUUCCCUAAGAAUUUCCUCUAGUUUUAUGGUCCAGUUAACGAAGCGUCCCACCGACUGGGGUGAGACUUAAGGCGACAGGUGUCCUCUAACCAACUAUUAAACUGUUUCUAAUGCAGUCAUAUGAGUUUGCUAAAGAGUAAUGAAAACAGGCCGACUUCGGUGUUGACUUUAAAUAUCUUUAAAUUUCUAAUAGAGUUCUUGUACAGAAUAAUGUUUAAAUGUGUGUGGAUGAUAGUUAUGACCUAGCAUGACUCACCCAUCGGUUUUUCCAACCGAGAUAGUAGUACCAAACUGUGUUGUGUUGUUAGGCUUUAAAAAGCACCGUAGGGGACUGGAUUUAAUCCUAAAUAAGGCGAAAUGUAUCUUUAAAUCCUGAAUUUUUAUAUAUCGAUAUAUCUUUUCACAGUAUAACCGAAGCUCCUUUUUUGAGUCUGUAAAUACUACAUGUUCACAAUAAUCUAUAUGACUGAGUAUUAUUGAUAUAUCAGUAGAUGUUAAUACUUGAUUCAGCAUGAGAACAGUGAAAUCCUAAGAUAGUGUUUUUAGGGUGUGGUAGCUACUUGGACCAGAACCUGCCUGUCUGUUCACUGACGGACGGUUUUAUUUGGAGAAUCUAUUCACAUUGUUUUCCUGAAAAUGACCCAGUUGGAUGGAAACUAAAUCUUAAAACAUUUGGGUGGAGUUUUUCUAAGAAAUACUGCCUAAAUUCAGUAUUUAUGUGAUAUAUAUCAAUCUGUAGCCAUACCAUAUUUAUUUCAAUAAAUAUUUCUCCAGUUAUACCUU